CCAGCACGGUACAUCACGCAACUGGCCCCCACUCACCACCCCGGCGGCCUCACGGAAACGCACAAGAGACUGAGCUUCAAAGUCUCAAACCAGCAUUUUCGAGGCGGCGCGAUGACCCUACGGUGUGAGGCAAGCAUCAAGACUCUCUACACGAAGACUCAGCAGCACAGCGUGGACGGCAAGCUGACCUACGAGACUCCUGUGCUGUCGUCGAGGGAGAAGUCAGCGGUCACGGGUGGAGGUGGAAGAAGAGGAGGAGGUGGAGGAGGUGGAGGACAGUUGGUGGAGAUGAUGGUGGUGAUGACGGCGGCGUUGGUGGUGAUGGAGGUGAUGAAGAGAAUGGUGUUGAUGGUCCCCCUCAUCACCACCACCACCACCACCAUCAUCACCACUCCUCUCAACUCCACUCCACGGUGACUUCCACGCCCGUCACCACCACCACCACCAUCACCACUCACCACCACCAUCACCACCACUAUGAAAGGUGAUGAAUGUGACCACAAGAGGAAGAAGAGGAAGACUGACAACAACAACAACAACAACAACAACAACAACAACAAUACCAAAAUAAGAUGAACCAAAGAAGAAGAAGAAGAAGAAGAACAUAAGAUCAUAACGUGUGUGUGUGUGUGUGUGUGUGUGUGUGUGUGUGUGUGUGUGUGCGCUUAUAAAUUCCUCUUGGCUGCAGUUCAAGAGGAAAUUAAGAAGACAAAAAGAGGAGGAGGAGGAGGAGGAGAAGGAAUAAAAAGAAAAUAAACAAAGAGAAAUAAAGAGAAUAAAAAUAAAUAAGAGAGAAUCAAGAGGAGAUUAGAAGAGAAGGAAAAUGAAGAUAGAAGAGAAAAUGUGGAUAGAAAAUAACAAUAAAGAGAGGAAAAAGAGGAAGACAAGGAGGAGGAAGAGGAGGAAGAAAAAGGAAGGAAAAAAUGGAUAAUGGAGAGAAAAAAGACAGAGAGAG